AUGUCUAUUUAGACAAAAUGGUUAAAAUAGUAAAACCCAGAGCUAUUAUUUGUGACAUUGAAGGCACCACAACAUCAACCAGAUAUUGGGGUGAAUGUGUGGUUCCGUUCAUCAAAUAUAAUACAAAACAAUGUCUUGAAAACAAAUGGGGAACUCAGGUAUUGAUGCAACUGAUCGAUGCUCUUCGCAGAAGUACUAAUGUUAUCAAUGCUGAGGAACAAACAAAUAUUCCACCAAUUGCUAACAAAACUAAAGACAAAGAAUCAAUUAUCAAAUCGAUUGUCGAUAAUAUAAUAUAUCAAUUAAAUAACAAAAGACGUGGAAAAUCAUUACAACAUUUUCAGCUCUAUGUCUGGUUCUAUGGCUAUCAAACUGAUGAACUUAAAAGCCAUGUUUUUGAAGACGUGUCCAAAUCGUUUAAUAGAUGGAAAAAAUUCUUAAAUAUCAAGAUUUUUACUUAUUCUUCGAGUUUAUAUCUGUCACAGAAGUUGCUGUUCUCGUCUACAAUCAAAGGAAAUCUGUGUCCCCUUAUUGAUGGGUAUCUCGAUGUCGAAACUUAUGGCUUUAAGACCAGUAGUGAAAGCUUCACAAUGAUUGCCAAUAAGUUUGAUAUAAAUACCAAACAUAUACUUUUCAUUUCAGAUAAUCCUCAGGAGUUAAAAGCGGCUAAAGUUACCGGUUGUCAAGUAUUAUUAGUCAUCCGUCCAUUCAAUAAGGAGUUAUCAGAUGAGGAAAAACAAGGUUUUGAGUGCAUUAAAAGUUUCAAUGAAAUUCAAUUUAAUUAAAAAUUAUUAUUUUAUGAUUUAUUAAUUAUUAUAACUUU